UUAGCGAAAGCGGUUGGCGCAAUAAUUUAGCUUUUUAACUCCUUUUAUAUUAAAAAUAAGUCGAAAGUGUUUGAAACAGCAUUUAACGUUAGCAGUGGUGAGGGCGUAAUAACCAAACAGUCGCAACAUGGCUGCUGUGGUAGUUUUAAAAGUUUAAAACUGACGUGUGACAAGUUUUUUUAUGUGAAAGCUAGCUUGUGUGUGGAGUUUAACGUCAAGUCGCCUCCACAGCACCCUAAACACGGCUCUGUUGGCCCGAGCAACCGUGUGCAUCCCUUUUUCCCCUCUACUCAUCACUGCUGUGGAUUUUUAUCUAUUUUUUAGUUACUUGUAUUAUUUUACUCUGGACAACUGUGGCAUCUUGAGCAUCGUUAGCGUGAGUGGCGUUCAAGGACCGCUGGCUUUGAGCUAAACAUGCAUUUUUCCAUACCCGAAACGGAGGUGCGUUCGGGAGAAAAUGGAUCUACCUAUGUGGUCUGUCACUUCUCUGUCACAUAAUUUGCAGUCUGGAAUCCUUCCCAUCCGCUUGUUUGGACAGAUGACUCAGGAUAAAUAUUCAAUAGAGACAGCGGGGAGAGAAGAUUAAAGUACACGGCGUCCCUCGACACCCCGAAGGGGGGGUAAUCAGCUGUUUCUGCAAGCAGGCAGAACGCACUUCCUGCGAUCCAUGCAAGUGUACGCGGAUCCAUGGGGGAGGAAAAAUAUUAUCAUCCAAAACAAACACCCCUCACAUUUUCAGCAAACAUAUACAGCUUACAACAUUCACGUCAACGGCGUACUUCACUGUCGAGUUCGCUACAGCCAACUCCUCGGCCUACACGAGCAGAUCAAGAAGGAAUACGGCAGCAACGUGGUGCCGUCCUUCCCCCCAAAGAAGAUCUUCACUCUGACGCCCGCCGAGGUGGAGCAGAGGCGGGAGCAUCUGGAGAAGUACAUGCAGGCGGUACGCCAGGAUCCACUGCUUGGAGCCAGCGAGUUGUUCAACAGCUUCCUAAGGAAAGCACAGCAGGAGACGCAGCAGAUUCCCACAGAGGAGGUGGCCCUGGACAUCUGCCUCUCCAACGGCCAGAAGGUCACGGUCAACAUUCUCAGCUCGGAUCAGACAGAGGACGUCCUGGAUGUGGUCGCAAGCAAACUGGACCUCCCAGAAGAAAUGGUGGGCUACUUCAGUCUCUUCCUUGUCCGUGAGGGGGAAGAAGGAGGACUCACAUUUGUACGGAAGCUGCAGGAAUUUGAGCUGCCCUACGUGUCCAUCACCAGCCUGCGCAGCUCUGAAUUCCACAUACUCUUACGGAAAAGCUAUUGGGACAUGGUGUACGAUGGUGAUGUCAUGGACAACAGAGUUGGCCUGAACUUGCUUUACGCACAGACGGUGUCUGACAUCGAGCGAGGCUGGAUGCUCGUCAACAAAGACCAGCACAGGCAGCUCAAGUCACUGCAGGAGAAAGGCUCCAAGAAAGAAUUCAUCAACCUGGGCCAGACGCUGAAAUACUAUGGCUACAUCAAGUUCGACCCGUGCGUCACUGACUUCCCCGAGAAGGGCUGCCAGGUCAUCGUGGGCGCGGGCAACAACGAGCUCAACUUCCACGUCAAGCUGCCCAACGAGCAGAUGAAGGAGGGCAGCUUCAAGGUCACGCGUAUGCGCUGCUGGAGAGUCACGUCCUCUCAAGUCCCGGUAGCGAACGGCACCAACAACCCGUGCACGUUGUCCAAGUGCGACGUCAAGCUGGAGCUGGCCUUCGAGUACCUGAUGAGCAAGGACCACCUCCGCUGGGUCACCAUCACCAGCCAGCAGGCUAUCAUGAUGAGCAUCUGCCUUCAGUCUAUGGUGGACGAAUUGAUGGUGAAGAAGUCAGGCGGCAGCAUCAAAAAGAUGCUGAGGAAACGACACAACGGAUCCAUCCAGCGGCCCGACUGCCAGCAAUCUGUCAAGUUGCCCCCUCUACUGGACUCCCCUGACCAGAGCCGUGAACAGAUCAUCAAACUAUCAACCAAGCUGAGCUCGGUGUCGCUGCGAGGGAUCAGCGCCUCCAACUCGGCCAACGACAUCAGCGGAACGGAUUUCCACGGCAACUACGCUUUCGAGGGGAUCGGGGAUGACGACCUGUAGCCCCCCCCACCCCCCACCCCACCCCACCCCACCCCACCAAGCAAAGGUCACGCUAACACAAGUAUCUUCAUUCUUGCAGGGUUGUAGCGUCCACACCCACAAGCCAACUGUUGGCGCUUUUCAAACAGCCGUCAUGGUCAUGUGAUGCUUUUCGUGCAUUUGACAGCAAAGCGAGAGCACGAGUCAUCACACGGAAGCUAGAAAACCUGAACGUGUCGACAGCCCAGUGGCGCGUCUGGCGGAGGGGGGUCCCACGUGCCAAAAUGACAUUUAUCAUCAUUUGUGACGACACUCACUAGCCACUAAAUUAGGCAGGUGUGUAGUAGUAAUGCUCAUUUAUGGGGCGUACCCGAUGUUGCGGGUCACUCUGAUGCCUUACGUAGUUGUUGUUGUCGUCGGCGUGGCAUCCAGCAUGAUCUCUCCGAAACGCGCUUUGGUCGCUGCUGCUUGCACUUUGCUCACUAUUGCGCGGUGGUGGUGGUGGGGGGGCUUUGGAAAUCCAUUUUAGCUUUUUUUUUUUUUUUUUUUUUUAAAGGUUUCUCAUAAAUGCCAAAUUAUAGUUUACUAAAGCAUUUUGCACACAAGAUAUUAUGUCACUUUAAAAAAAAAAAAAAAAAAGUACAUGCAAUGAAAGUAUUCUGAACAUUUACUAGUAUCAAGUAGCUUAGUGGAGUCCAAUAGAACAAAUAUAACCUGCAGCUGUGUGUACUAUAGAGCAGAAACGAACUAACGCCUGUCAUUGUUUACAUUGUUGUUAGUUUACAUUGGUAUUUUAUUUGUAUCAGUCAUCGUGCCAAUCAUCUCAGAGGACUCAUCCAAUCAAAGGUGCUUUUGGAGGGCGAGCAAAGUCCUUGCGUUGCUGGCAACAAAAUGAACACAUUUCCAGACGUUUCUUUUGCUGCGAUGCCUUUUUUUUUGGUCGUCUUCUGUCAUCCGUGUUUUGUCGUGAACGCUCGCAAAGGAGGUGCCAAAUGACUUUUUUUUUUCUUUAAAAGUGCUAAUUUCAUUUUAGCAGCAAGCUCAGUGGCAAAAUAAAACCUCUGAAACGA